GAACUUUGCACUGCCUGAACUGCAGCCAGGCAGAGAAACUGAAUUUCAGUUUUGUAAAUCUAAUGCUAAAGGCACAUGCUCCGUUUUAAACCGGUUAAGUAACUUUACGACGCUCCCUAACUAGCACUUCCAACACGACCUUUGCCCUUCGCGUGCUCACUGCGGCACCUUAGCAUGCUGUGGGUAAUAAAAGGAGGACUGUGCACACUCAGACAGAGUCACACUAUUAAAGACGUGCUCGUACAUUUGCCGAGGUUUGUGGCUCGCCGAAACAUGUCGUCUUCUCCGGCUAAGCGGCCGGUUUCCUUACUGGGAACUAUGGCGUUCGGCGGACGAGCUGACGCCAAGCAGAGCCUGGAUAUGGUGAAGGCUUUCCUGGACAGGGGACACAACCAGGUGGACACAGCCUUCAUGUACGCGGAUGGGAAGUCAGAGACGGUCAUAGGGGGCAUGAAUCUUCCCAAAACAGUAAGCAUAGCUACCAAAGCCAACCCCUGGGAGGGCAAGACUCUGAAGCCGGAGAGUGUGCGCUCUCAGCUGGAAACUUCCCUUCAGAAGCUGCGGACUGAUUGUGUGGACCUUUUCUACCUUCACGCUCCUGACCACCAAAACCCCAUCCAGGAUACCCUCAGGGCCUGCAAUGAACUCCACAAAGAGGGAAAAUUCAAGGAGCUUGGCCUGUCAAACUAUGCAUCAUGGGAAGUGGCUGAAAUCGUGUGCAUCUGCAGACACAACAACUGGAUUGUUCCUACUGUUUAUCAGGGAAUGUACAAUGCCACUACGAGACAGGUUGAGACUGAGUUGCUGCCAUGUCUGAGGCACAACGGAAUGAGAUUCUACGCGUACAAUCCUCUAGCAGGUGGCCUCCUGACAGGAAAGUACAGUUAUGAAGACAAAGAUGGUUCCCAGCCUGCAGGACGCUUCUUUGGCAACAGCUGGGCUGCAGCAUACCAGGACAGAUACUGGAAGCAGAAUCAUUUCCAGGCUAUAGAUCUGGUUCAAAAGGCCUUGGAGACAGUGUAUGGCUCACAGAAACCCACUCUGAUUUCUGCUGCUAUGCGCUGGAUGUACCACCACUCCCAGCUUAAGGGUGAACUUGGUGAUGGAGUCAUCAUUGGCAUGUCAAGUAUGGAGCAACUUCAACAAAACCUUGCUGCGGCAGAGGAGGGUCCUCUGGAUGAGAGAGUGGUCGCUGCCUUCAACGAGGCCUGGAAUCUCGUAGCCCACGAGUGUCCAAACUACUUCCGCUGAAGAGCCAAAAUCUCCAUACCGUUCUAAUCAAAUAUUGUCUAGGUUUCUACAGAAAAUGGAUGACUAAAUCAGUUUUCCCUUACUUUACAUCCUUUUCUUCAAAUCACACAUUUUUUCCUCAAAUGCAUGGAUCAGUUUGAGACCAAUAUGUAUUAAUGUGUCGAAGCAAUUAAUCAUUAAUGUAUAAAUGUAAAAAAUAUGAAAAUAAUUUUUCAGGGAAAAGUCUGCCUUAAACUGUUAUAUUAAAACAAAAUCAUGUUACCAAAUCAAAAAUUUUUUGUCCUUACACAUCAAAAAGGUUUGUUUUACACAAGAUUAAAUUUGUUUUUGCUCAAUGGCAAAAUACUUUUGACAAAACAAGUGGCAUCAACAUGAUUACAUGUAAGAUCAUUUAGUCUUCUGACUCGAGUCACCAGUGUUUACUGAACAACAAUUCAGUCCAAAGCUAAAAUUCAAGGUCAAGGAUAGAAGUUCAUGUUUUGGGCUGAAAAAAGGACAUAGGAAAGAGAUUACAGACUCCAAGGGCAGCACAGGCAGUCAGGAUGAAUGGUUUCAACAUCAAUGUCCCUCUGCUGUCGACGUUGGCAAAAAUGACCUUUAAAAACAAUGUGUACGAGCUCCUGCCCUUGCAGAUGUCUCAUUCUGCAUCAUCAUCGUCAUCAUCUUCAUCUUCUUCAUUAUCCUGCAUAGACUCUUCCUCACCGGCACAGUUCUCAAACUCGCCUGUUUCUGAGUUCCACAUACAUUUGAUCUGCACCUUGAAUUCUGCCAUCUCAAUGCCAAAGAGUUUCUAUGGACAAAAAAAAGGAGCCAAUGUGGACAGUGAGUCAAAUGCAACACAACACAGUAUGUUAAAGUUGACAUUUUCUGUCAAACAGUCAAGAACUCACCAGAAUACGGGCCUGCUCAGGAGUCAGCACGUCUCCCUCCUUACAGACUUCAUGGUCCUUCAGCAGUGUCACCACACCUUUCAUGACAGAUGAUACACACGUGACUAUCGUGGGUCACAUCCAACUGAUGUGAAAUAAAUGACUGGCAGUGGUCAUUUUUCAGAGAGAAAGGACCUGUUACACUUUAACACAUUUUAAGGACAAGGCCCAUUCUACUGACAAGCAUUGUCUGUAUUUAAUAAGAACCAAUAGACUUGAAGGGUAGGGAAGUCAAAAAAGUGUUCAGACACUGACUACUGCAAUGGGGAUUUUUGUCUUUGUAUGACAAAUGUAGCAUAAUGCCAGCCUUAUCCUGUAAUCUUACCUUUCUUGAGAGCAGUGGGAAGUCCUAAUUGCCUCAACUGGGGCUCCAUUGAGUGAGGAAACUGUUCCAGGGGUCCCUCAUCCAGAGUUAUGUCCAUCUGUGCCUGGUUGCCUGCCCGUGCAUAAUCCACCUCUUUAAAAUGACUGAAAUACCUGCAGGCAGAGAACAUUUUGUGAACUGAUGAACAAUAUUUGGUGAAUUAUUGCAACAAUGGUGCAUUAAGUGAAGCCUUACUUACUCUUGUACUUCAUCUUUUGUUUUGUUUGUGAAUAGUACUCCCACAUCUCCUCGAAGAUACUUGCUGACCUGCACAUUAUCAAAAGGCAAUAAAAUUUUCAA